AUGGCCCUCGUCAUCGAGGCGACGUGCAAACCGGAUGUGAAUCUCGACGGCAGCGCGCCGUCGUUCGUCAUCCAGCACGUUUUGCCCCAAGACACGUUCAAGCAGAUUGCGUGCCCCGGGGUCUGGACCGUCAAGCACGUCCUUUUCGCGAGUUUCGGCACCCCGGUCACGGCAUCAUCACGCCUCGAAAGGUUGGACGUGGCUACCGCGCUUACGCAGCGGCUCAUCGCGGGCUACGGCGGCGACGCGGCCAGCACCGAGCGUCGGUACCACGCUUUGCUCACACACAAGCGAGCUACCGCCGCGUGCCUUGCGGCGGCGUUGGCGUCGAGCCCAAUUGACCCUGCCCAGCACGCCACCUUUAGCAUGACCCUCACGCUUGCCAUCGGCUUCACCAUCAGCUUUCUCUCGUCGCUCCUGAGCGUCUGCGCGGCAGAGCCGUUUGACGCCCACGUGUACAAGCAGACGGCCGUGACCAAGUCGAGCCACGUUGAGCUCUCGCGCCAGCCAUCGCGCAGCCGGCUCUCAAAGCGCAGUCUCUCAAAAAGUCUCCUCCUCACGGGCUCGAACCUCCUCUUGUCCGAGUACUUUUGGCUCCUCGACAACCUCGAGCGACUCGUGCACCAUGCGACCAUGUAUGGCCUCGACAUGACGACCGGUGCGAUCUACUUGAAGCGCCUCAAAACCAUCCGCAGCGUCGUCGCGACCAAGCCGUCCGAAUUCUGCCAGUGGCUGCCGCUGCUCCAAGACGUUCUCUCGGCCCUCAACGCGUACGCUGACGACUUUAAGCGCAUGGACCUCUGGUACCAAGUGAUCGAGUGCGACACCGUCAUCGAAGAGCUGCGAGAGGCCUGCGAGAUGUGA